UCAGGUUCACUGUGUGGUAGUGGGGCUGCCCUGACUUCUCUCUGCACACAGGUGCUGGCAACAAGCAGCAUGGACACGUCAGAGGGGGAGGACAACGAGGAAUUCCUGGAGCGGUUGAUGGGCCUGACAGCACAGAGUCUGCCCCACCUGGAGCUGCAGGAACACUACACUGUGCUCAAGGAGCUUGGCAGUGGCACUUACGGCAAUGUGCUGCUUGUUGAGCACCAGGAACGAGGCAGCACGCUUGUUCUGAAGUUGAUGCCAAAGGAGUACACGGACCUCCGGGCAUUCCUGCGGGAGUACUGCAUUGCACUCUGCCUGUCCUCUCAUGCUACCUGCCUACGAGCUCUGCCCAUCGCCUUUGAGAGUGCCUCACACUUUGCUUUUGCUCAGGAGCUUGCUCCUGCUGGGGAUCUCUGCGCCCUCCUGAAUCCUGGGGAGGGGCUCCCAGAGACUCAGGUGAAACGCUGUGCAGCCCAGCUGGCAGAUGCUUUGGACUUCAUGCACAGCAAGGCUCUGGUGCACAGGGAUGUCAAGCUGGACAACGUUAUGCUCUUCGACCAGGAGUGUCAGCUGGUGAAGCUGGGAGAUUUUGGGCUGACGCGCCUGGAGGGCACCCCUGUCUGUGCCAUGUCAGGCACCCUGCCCUAUGCGCCACCAGAGCUCUGCCUGCUUGAGGCAUCUGAGACACUGGAGCUGGAUUCUAGCCUGGAUGUUUGGGCCUUUGGGGUACUGCUCUUCUGCCUCUGCACCGGCUGCUUCCCUUGGGAUGUGGCCGUCAGCUCUGAUCCACAGUUUGAGGACUUUGGGUCCUGGCAAAACAGCACAGUGGGGAGAGAGGUGCCAGCACCUUGGCAGGGCUUCACUGCCAAAGCCCAGGAGAUGUUCAAGCGGUUGCUGGUUCUUGACCCAAACCGUCGCAGCCCAGCCAUAGAGGUGCAUAAGUACCUGUUACUGCCCUGGAAGAGCAGCAGCCACAAAGAGCUUGAAAAUGCUGGAGACUAGGGCUGUGCGAAAUGGCACCAUUCCAUUUCAACUUGCAUUUCGAUGGAACAGUGUUUCAUUUCAAAUUUCGUUUUGAUUCGAAACUGCUGUUCCGUUUCAUUUCAUCAAAACAGUUUCAUUUUCAACGCUGUUUUGACAUUUCGCCCAUAGGCUAUAAUGCGGAAGCUUGAAACAGCCUAUAACUUAGUCAUUUCUGGCCUGAUUUGGAUGAAACUUGAAGGAAUGGUAGCCCCUUCUGAGGGCACAAAUCCUGCCAUGUCUCAAGGAGAUAGGUGCAGGGGUUUCAGGGAAACUGCACCUCAAACUGUUGAAAGCAAAAAACUCAUGUCACGUGUAUGUGUUAAGCCACAGCGGAGUCAAAACAGCAGGCUUGCUAGCCCCUGCUGAGGCAACAUAGUCUGCCAAGUUUCAAGGAGAUAGGUGCAGGGGUUUAGGGAAAACUGCACCUCAAGCUGCGAACAAGCAAAACUCGUGACAUGGGUGACAGUGUGUGUGUUAAGGUGCAGCAGGGUGAAAGCUGCAGGCUUGCUAGCCCCUGCUGAGGCCAUGAAGCCUGCCAAAUUUCAAGGAGAAAAGGUAUAGAGGCUUCUGGGUUCUGGGGCCCUGCACCUCUGGCUGCUGACACGCAAAACUCCUGAUAUGGGUGCUUGUGGGUCUUGGGACGCAGGGGGGGUGAAAACUGCAGACCUGCUCGGCCCUGCUGCAGCCACAAAGUCUGCCAGCUGUCGAGGAGAUAGGUGCAGGGGGAGUCUGGGUUCUGGGGCCCUGCACCUCUAGCUGCUGACCGGCAAAACUUGUGACAUGGGUGGGUGACACUGUGUGUGUGCUAAGGUGCGCCCUCACUCAACUGACACCAAGGCAGAAAGCAGGGCAGUUCAAACAAUGCUGCCUUUUAUGCAGGUUUUCCAUCCCUCCCCCAGAGCACUGGGAUUGGAAGAGAACUCAGGAAAGGAUGACAGUCACUGGCCAGCUACACAGCUUCCCCCACCCCACCCUUCCCGCUCCCUCUCCUUACUUUAGUUUCUGUUUCCCUGCAGGCAAGCCCAGCUUGAGCUUUGAAGCUUGAAACAUUUUGAAAUGUCAAACUGUUUUGACUUGCAUCGUGUCGUUUUGAGGUUGUUUCGUUUCUAUUUUGCUGUUUUGAGCCUGAAACGAGUCGAAACAGCGUCAAAAAGAAACUGCUGGUGAAAUUUUGCACAGCCCUACUGGAGAUCCAAGGGGCCAGGAGGGAAACCCAAGUCUGGGCAAAGCACAAGGCAGUCAGGGGUGUGGCCAGAGCAACACAGGCUCUGCCUGCACAAAAACCUCCUGCACAGAAAGCUGUAUCCUGGCUUGCAGCAUGGAGGAGGACCAGGCUGGGGAAAUGAGCCCCCUUCUCAGUCCAGAGGAACCCCAAGCACAGGGAUAGAAGCCUCAUUCUGGACUGGGGAACAAGGUGGGAGGGACCAUGAGAAGUGGAUGGGGAAGAAAUCCACUUCCCAGUGCCAUAGAUCCUUUUCCUUGCAGCCAACCUACAGCCUCAGCAGACCUGGUUCAGUUCUGCUGAGGUUCUACAGAUGAGGUAGCUGCCUGGGGCUCCCUGACUACACACACAUCUUCCUGGCAGGACUGGAUAUUCUCACAACUCAGCUUUAUAACCUUCCCUUGAAAAUUUCUAUUAGCCAUAAGAAAGAGACAAUAGAUUCUGAAUGUAAAGAAGCAGAAAAGGAGAGAAAUCCAUAAGUUAGAAACUAUCAAGUGUAGACAAUUUUUAAGGGAAGCUAAAUACAUCAAGAAAAAUCCAUGUCUCAAAAGUCUAUAGCCAAUAAGAAGUGUUUAAGUGAGUCAGGACCAAAGGAAAUCCUAACAGUAGCACAGGCCCCUUUCAAAAUGAACAUGCUAAUAACAGUGCAGAAAGAAAGAGGCACUCACAUCUGUACUUGGAAAAAAGCCGGAUGUUGUUUUGUGAAGAUGAUUAAGUGUUUUCCAUUCCAUUAUAAUUAAGAAAGAUGUUUAACAGAAUCCACUAGGCAUAAACAUUAAGUUAACAGAUUUGGGGAUCUUGCUUUAAUAGGUCCCACAAAAGCUGGCUGAAGGAAUCUCUAGGCUGCUAAAGUUCAUUUUCAAUAAAUCUUUGAAUCAUAGGGCCAUUCCACCAGGCUUGAAAAAGACAAGCAGUAUUCCAGCAGGUAGUCAUGGCAGUAUUCAGAAAAAGCAUGAGGGAUGAUUGAGAAAUUAUUGGCCCCAAGCAACGUACUGAGAUUAAAUCAGUAUAGAAUUAAGAGUUAGGAAUAUAAUUAAACUGGGUUUUACAGAAAAUGUAAUUUUGACACAGGGAUUCUUCUCCAGUGGGUAUGCUUCUCUACAACACAGAAAUCGAAGAUUCCCUGAAAGGAGAAAGAUAUCUGCAUUGUAUUUCCUCAACUGCCAUGUAGAUCUGCCUGUCUCUGACAUGGGAAUCCUUCUCACAAGUUAUAUGCACAUACCUGUAAUAACUAUCUUAUCAAUGAGCUUCAAAAUCCUUGGUUCCUUGGUAGAUGGAGCUUCUGGAAGAAUGGUGAUAGAGUUAAGGGCUCCCUAUUCAGUUUUUCUUUUUCAGACAUUAUGGGACAAAUAUAGUAAAGCUUACUAUAUAGACAAUUGAAACUUCAUAGCCUCAGCACAGAUGGGACUUCAAUCCAUACUCCCAGGUUCUAGAAACCAGUCUUUUGUUCACUGGAGCUGGGCAAGAGACAUUCAGUGAUAGACUGAAAUUCUCUCUCAUAAAUGAGAGAGAAGCCACCUUCAAAGAUUUGACCAUUUGGGGAUGUUACUCAUUGUGGGGGGAGGAAGGGGGAGAGUUUGCAGGAGUUUGCUAGUAACUUCCUGCCCCCAAGGGAAUUCAGGAGUCUUUCCUCUCUUCUCAACAUCAGUGGGUGUAACAGGACUGGGCCCCCAGGAGCAGCCGUGGCACUCCCUGGUGGCUGUAUGGCUCCUGCCUGGCUUGAUCACUAAAAUGACCUCCCUUGGUUCCUCACCUGCCAUGCCUUGUUCUUACUAAGCUAUUAAACUCUUACUAAGAUAUUAGCCCCUCUCAGGCUUCAAGCCCCUGGUCCCAGGCUCUGCCCUUCUCUGGGCUCCGAGCACCUUGACUAUACCUUGAGCUUGCCCCCAGCAGGGCUUAAGGUGAUCAUGUGCCUCUAGAGCAUUAAUGGGACCUCCAAACCACCCAGUACCUUCCACAGAUCACCAGUCUGGAACUCUAACCCAAAAUAAGCCUUCUGGCUAUAACAUACAUCCCCAACUGGGUCUAAGCCCAAGUCCCAACUCCUUGCUGUAUCCUUCAGCUCCCCCCUACCUUAAGUCCUGUUCCCAUGCAAGUCUGCAGCAUUUCUGCUUGCUCAUCUCCCAGAGUAAUCUAGGCAUCAGCCAGGAGCUUCUCUGCAGCUCUCCUGCCCUGGAGCUCUUUCUUCAGCAGCUCCCUGAACUAGACUGACUGCUUUGGCUCAGGUCCUGGGUUUACUGCUGCUGGCCUCUGCUGUAACAAUAGCUUGUUUCCCAUGCAGGGCACUAGCCCUGAGCACCACUGCUGAGCAGCUGGUUCAGCACUAAGUACUUGUAGUAGGUACAUUCCUCAGGUACCUGUUCUAUGGCUGCUCAUAAUGGGCAGCUCAGACUCACACUGCUGCUCUAAAAUAACAGGACCAGUGUUACAGUAGGAAAAAAAAAACAUCCCUCAGCAAGGAUCUCUCUGUGUUCACUAGGUCGUGGUUCUGCAAGUGCUGGGUUUACUAUCAAAGGAUCCUUUGUAGAAUUACAAAGCAAAACCAUCUCAUUACCUCACUAGGAGACCUGGGAAAGCUAACUCCCUUCCCCAUGCUCCAAUUGCAGCAACAUCUCCUUUGGGCAGCAUAGGGCAUGUGUAUAAAGCACAGGUAUAGGUCACUAAGGGAAGGGGCCACUGUGCUCAUUUGGAAACACAACAGUACUCAGUGAUAAGUCAAAUGCUUGCCUGCACAGGAGCUGCAGUCAACUCCUGUGCCUCAUUUUUCAGUCCCUGAUGGUGCAAUCACUUUUUUUAUAAAUGCCCCUUUCAGAUGUAUCUGUUCUUUGCUAGCUGAGCUACCCAAAUGGCUAGGCAGCUUCCCACAUUUGCCCAGAGGAUCCAUAACCAAAGAGAGGCAGAGGAAGCAGUAGGGGCCUUGCCCCAUCCCCUCAGAAGGAACCCUCCCCUUGCCCCAUGCCCUGCGUCUGCAACCUCCACAAUCCCCUACUGCACCCAAGGGGAGAGUGGAGGUCCUAGCAAGAUGUGAGCUCAGCUCACAGGAUUCCAAGGCCUGAGAGCCAUGUGUCACCCACCCCUUGCCAUCCCUCAGCAAACCUGCCACCAGCAGGGCCAACCUGCAGACCACCCAGCUCCAGGCAUCAACCCCCUCCAGCCAAUAUCUUCCUUUAUUCCCUCUCCCCACAACCAGACCCUGCUCAGGGAUUCAUUCCAACUGCACGAAUGAGGAGAUUCACAGAUCAACUGGCUGAUGUUCUGCCACCUGUACUCUCCAAACACUCAGACCAAGAAAGCUCCAGGGAGUGCAGCAAGAUUCCUGCCUUUGCCUGGCCAAUGCCUAGCCCAGAGCAGAGAGUAGUCUUCCUGCUCCUCCCCUUGUAACUACCCUGAGGCCCUCCACAGCUAGUUGCUCCCUUCUCCCUGCAGAGCACCAGAGUCAUUCAUCCAGACCAGGUGCCCCUUGGCCUAGGAGGAAGCCAGGGCAGGAAGAUGUGGGGAGCAGAGGAUUGGCAAAUGGAAGGAAAAUGAGUGUCUUGGGUAAAAGAUCAUGAACUAUACAGAAAACUGAAGAGCAGGGACUGAAGUGCUAUUUAGCUUUUACCAUCUGAUAUUUGGCCCUGCUGCAUCCUCCCACUACCUUGUCCUCUCAUCCUGAGUCCAGAACAACCCUUUGCCCAGCCCAGCCCCUGGUAGUUGCAGAGGACCAUGAGGCAGUCCCCUGUGGGCAGUGAGUGGUGAGGAUCCCCCCCCCCGUCUCUUUUCAAUGGCAAAGAUCCUACAUUUGCUACAGGACCAUUUGAAUUUUGGUCUUUUUUUCUUUACCACUUAUCAUUUUUUCUUUACUUUUUUUUCCUUUGCCUGUCUCAGCUGUUUGUGAGCUUCAUUAUUCCUGGGGUCAUGAACAAACUGUCCAGCAGUGACAGCUGACAUGGAACUGUCAAUCCCCACCUUUGCCCUAUCAGACAGCUGCAACUCAAACAUCUCCUGCAGCUGAAGUCCAAGUCCUGAGAGGAAUGUGCAAGCAAUGCAUGGUCCCAAAGUUUGGGGUGUUUGUACCAGGACAUAAGGGGAAUGCUCCCAGCCCCCCAUUCAUUUCAGCCCCUCACAGGCAGCUCUGUGAGUCUUACAACCUAUGGAGGAGGAGGGUGUGCUUGCACCCAUGCUUUGGGGGCUCCAGGAGGUAUGUGACCUGUGCCUGAGGGCAUUUUCAC